AUGAAGGGCCUAUUUGUUGGUGGGAUUCCUCUGGCGCUGCUCGCAGCCGCGGCCCAGGCCCAGUUCGACGGUCCUACAGGAGACCUUGGCGCGCCUGGUGAUGCUGGACUGCCUUUCCCGCCUCAGCCAGGUGGGCCGACUCUUCUGGGUGGCCCGUCUGGCAACGAUAAAGGUGACGCUGUUGGAAGCAUCACCCCAAACGUUCACACCAACAGCGAUGUGAAUGAAUGGAGCAAGGAUGACCACUCCAUUGACGUCAAGGACAAGGAUGUGUACCCGCCCCCGGUGCCGUGGGAGGAGCCUGUCACUUUCCUUGAAGGCCCUGGCCCUGUGGUCCCUGGCCUGGGUCCUUUCAAGAAGCGCCACUGGCCUUCGGGUGGCACUGCCAUUGGGGGCCCUUCUGGCGAUGAUGAAGGCCAGAGCUUCGAUAUGCCCAUUACCGGCAACUUCCACACCGAUGUCAACGAGUUCAACCAUGACGACCAUUCGAUCAAGGUGAAGCACAAGGAUAUUCACGAGCCGCCUUACCUUCCCCCCGGGCCGCCUCCAUUUGCUCCCGGUGCUCCCCCAUUUGCAUCUCCAGAUUUCGAGGGCCCACCUAGUUUCGGUGGACACGAGGCUGGCCCCAUUGGCGCUCCCUCUUUCGGCGGGCCACCAUCUGGUUUGGAGGAUCCUGAGGGAGAGUUUGGUAUCCCGCCUGUUGCUCCUAAGCGCGAUUGGGACCCUGAGGAGUGGGGUCCUCAGGAGGAUGUCACCGCUCUGGGUGGUCCGUCUGGCAAUGACGGCGGCCAAAGCUUCUCUGCCCCCGAGACAGUCGAUACUCAUACCGGUGUCAAUGAGUUCUGGGAUGACAACCACGCUAUCAAUGUCAAGGACAAGGAUGUGUACCCUUCCCCUCCCCUACCUCCGUUCCCUGGCCCUGAGGCAAACUCUCCUCCUUCUUUUGAGGCUCCACCGCCCGAGGCCCCGGCUCCUGAAGCGCCUGCUUUCCCUGAAGCUGCGACUACGGGCGAUGCUCCUUCGGCCCCGCCGCCGGCUGCGCCUGCCCAGGAUCAAUUUGGUGAAACGAUCCCAGGGGGUGAUAUUACUCCCUUUCGCUCUGGCACUGGAAAUGGUGUUUACCGCCGCGCCUACGCCCCAGACAGCAGCCGCGAGUCCUCGGGCGGCCAGAGUGAAGGCCAGAAUGCUGGUGAGAACGCUGGCCAGAACGGUGCAAAUGGUGGCGCCACCCUUGAAGGUGGUCCUUCUGGUAACGAUGGCGGCAACAGCAUUUCCGGCGGUGGUUCCGUCUCGACUGACACCCAUGUCGAUGAGCACCACCAGGACAACCACGCCAUCAAAGCUGACGUGACUCAUGUUCACCCUCCUCCGGAGGUGUAUUAUGGCACAGAUGUGUAUCCUGACACCGUAACGUCCAUCGACAACUUCCCACCCUCCGAGCUCGAGGAUCCCGCAUACGGCCCUCCCUCUGGGGAGACCCCUCCCACUUUCAAGAGCAAGAGCAACCCACCUCGCGAGGAUGUGGAUCACGCUACUGAGUGCGCUGCGUCUGUACAUGAAGUCGUUCGCACUGUCACCAAGACCCACUACCGCCAGGUCGAGAAAACCGCUACUGUUUACACACAGCGGCCUGCUACCAGCAUGAUUGUUGAGACCAGCGCCAUCCCCAUGGCCGCCGUCCCCCAGCACUCUGACGUUCCACAAGGGAAGGUGUACUCCAACCCUGCCCCGCAGCCCUCGAUGGAGACUGUUGUUGCUAUUCCGGCUUCGUCGUCCAUGGUCCCUGUCUACAGCUACGAUUACCAGUCCCACCGCCCGGUGACCAAGGGCAUGUCCUACUCCAUGAUCCCUGUUGAUGUCCCCGUGGCCUCUUCAAGCAUGGUCAUGGGUUCGUCAACUCCUGUUACGAGCCAGGCGGUUCCCACUGGUGUCUCUCCCGAGUUUAGCGCAUCGGCCUCUGCCUCUUCUUCUGCUCGCGCCCACAUGUUCACCGGCGACGCCCCUCGUCUCUCUGGCGGCCUUGUUUCCGUUGCUGCUGCUGUGAUGGGCGUUCUCGCCUUCAUCCUGUAG